AUGAAAAAUAGGAAGUUCGGUGAGUGCACGGGGGAUGGGCACCGAGGCCGCCAUGUUUGUCGAGGGCACACGUGCAUCAUUCCUCCUGUUUUCUGGACCAGGCUCUCACUCUGGACCAAAAGCCUCCUGCGUGACUAUGGUGAAGCCUGCAAAGACAUUGCUGUUGGUGCCAAGGAACGCCCGGGCAAGGCCGCUCUGUACAUUUCCCUUCUAGCAGGUGUUGGCAUAUGCUCAUCCAAAGCGCCUUCUGAGGACUCCUUCCAGUGCUCCCUGCUAGAGGCCUCCUCCUGUCUCCUCCUUCUCUCACCCUGGACAAGAAGUGGGAGCUCUGACCAACACAUACAGAGACUGAUGGAGCUGAGGAACGAGGGACGUCUGCGCCACAUCAACUUCAUGAUCUUCUCUCUUCUGUACGAAGCGCCUUGUGAUCCUGACUGUGACCUGUACUCUACCCAAUGCUCCCAUCUGAAGCCUCGCUGGUCAGCAUUCCCCGGCAGGGUGCUGGACGUUGGCUUCUUCGGACACUGGUGGCUUCUCCAGAAUAAGAUGAAAGACUUCGAUAUAAACGAGGAGGAGUUUACUCACCUCCCUGCACACCUGAGGACCAUUUCCUAUAAUGAUCUUCACUCUGAGGAGAAUGAGAGGCUCUAUGAGAUCAAAUUCAAACCCGCUGUCAUAUCAGAAGAUCAGUUAAACCAAAUUGAAGAGUCGGAGGAUCCGUCAGAAAUAAAUGGAGUGUCUGAAAAUCAGUUAGAACCAAAAGAAGCUCCUAAGUAUGUGACUGCCUAA